UAGUAUAUACGCAUAUACUAUUGCUUUUAACCAUCGGUUUAGCUUUAAACUCCGUUUAAAGCAAGUUAUGGAACUGGUCCUUAAAGAAUCGCAGGGGCGCUACGAGAGCGCUGAAGAGCAGCGAAUGCGAGCAAGCGAGAGAGAGUGAGAAAGAGGUGUUUAUUGACUUGUUGUCUAGAAAGUGAUUGAUUAAGAAGUAUGAUUAUUAACAAAAAUGAUUAUUAACAAAAACAUGCAAGGAAGUAUACGAAUUUGCGCAGAAAGAACAUUCUUGCUAUAGAAAGUCUCAAGGACUUCACACCGUCGCGAAAAAAGAAAAAAAGCAUCGGUUGUGGUCUAUGCAUUGCCGGAAAAUACAACUUAAGGACUCGGGUGCACAAUUUUGCACCUUGUGAUCAUCCCGGCCGUCAGUGUGAUAAUUCAUGCCCAUGUAUACAAGCAUAAAACUUCUGCGAGAAGUUUUAUCAGUGCAGCAGCGAAUGCCAGAACAGAUUUCCUGAGUGUAGGUGCAAGGCGCAAUGCAAUACUAAGCAAUGUCCUUGUUAUCUAGCUGUCAGAGAAUGUGAUCCGGAUCUUUGCCAAACGUAUAGUGCAGAUUAUUUUCAAAUCAAUUCUAAAUCUUGCAAAAAUGUCAGCGUGCAACGUGGUCUUUUUUGAAAGAUCAGCAGCGAAGAAUGAAUUCAUCUCGGAAUAUUGCGGCGAAAUUAUCAGUCAAGACGAAGCUGACAGGAAGGGAAAAGUAUAUGAUAAAUAUAUAUGUAGUUUCCUUUUUAAUCUUAACAAUGAUUUUGUUGUAGACGCGAUACGGAAAGGGAAUAAAAUAAAGUUCGCUAAUCACUCGAUAAAUCCAAAUUGUUAUGUGAAAGUAAUGAUGGUGAACGGUGAUCAUAGAAUAAGUAUUUUUGCUAAGAGAGCGAUUCAACCUGCUGAAGAAUUAUUUUUUGACUAUAGAUAUAGACCACGGAACAAUUAAAAUUCGUCGGUAUCGAGCGAGAAAUGGAGUUUCUCUAAUAUAUGUAUAUACAGGGUGUUUGAUAGCUGAUCAUGCAGACGAAAGUUGGAGAUAGAUUGGGUGUAGCCGAGAAGAAAAGUCAUGUACCAUAAUGUCAAAUUGCCAAUAGUUAUC